GGAGUGCAGUCUGCUUGAACUGAAACAACUCCCAAACCUCAGGCAAAUAAAGCAUCAACGUUCCGAAGAAACCCUCAGCCAUGGAUGCUGCAUUUCAGAGGAAAAAUGCUGAGAAUGCUAAGAGAUCAAUAUAUAUUGAGGAAAAAUUUACCACUGGUGAUGAAGUGACUCUCAUUUUCUCGUUAAAGGAAGAAGUUGGGGCCUUGGCCAAAGCCUUGCGACUGUUUGAGGAAAAGGGUGUGAAUCUCACUCACAUUGAAUCAAGGCCUUCCCGCUUCAAAAAGGGACACUAUGAGUUCUUCAUCGACCUGGACUGUAAAGAUAUCACUAGCCUUGAGGAGAUCCUCAACAGCUUGCGACAAGAAAUCAGCGGCACGGUUCAUGAAUUAUCACGGGACAAGAAAAAGGACACAGUUCCAUGGUUUCCUCGGACCAUUCAAGAUUUGGACAAAUUUGCAAAUCAGAUCCUGUCCUAUGGGUCAGAACUCGAUGCUGAUCAUCCUGGUUUUACAGAUGCUGUGUACCGAGCUCGCAGGAAGGAGUUUGCAGACAUCGCGUAUAAUUAUCGACAUGGCGAUGUGAUUCCCAGAGUUGAGUACACAGAGGACGAGAAAAGAACCUGGAGUAUUGUCUAUCGAGAACUGAAGACCCUCUACCCAACUCAUGCAUGCCUUGAACACAAUCGUGUGUUUCCAUUGCUGGAGCAGUAUUGUGGCUAUCGGGAGAAUAAUAUUCCCCAACUUGAGGAUGUCUCCAGAUUCUUACAGUCUUGCACAGGCUUCCGCCUGCGUCCAGUGGCUGGCCUCUUGUCUUCCCGGGAUUUCCUGGCAGGUCUGGCAUUCCGCGUUUUUCAUUCCACACAGUACAUCCGACAUGGGUUGAAACCGAUGUACACACCAGAACCGGACGUGUGUCACGAGUUGCUGGGGCAUGUGCCACUCUUUUGUGACCCAAAAUUUGCCCAAUUUUCACAGGAAAUAGGACUUGCAUCUCUGGGUGCUCCAGAUGAAUUUAUUGAGAAGCUUGCUACGGUUUAUUGGUUCACAGUGGAGUUUGGCCUCUGUAAGCAGAAUAACGAAAUCAAGGCAUAUGGUGCAGGUUUACUGUCAUCCUACGGAGAGCUGCAGUAUUGCCUAACAAAUGAACCAGAAGUGCGUGCCUUUGACCCAGAAACGACACACACUCAGAUAUAUCCGAUCACCAAAUUCCAACCAGUCUACUUUGUCGCUGAAUCAUUUGAAGAUGCAAAGGAGAAAGUGAGGAAAUUUGCUGCCACAAUCUCUCGGCCCUUCUCUGUCCGUUAUAAUGCUUACACCCAAAGUAUUGAAGUUCUGGACAACAUUGAACAGCUAGAGAACCUGGUUGACAGUAUCAGCAGUGAUAUGGGAACUCUCUACCACGCCCUCAGGAAACUUAAGUGAAAAUGGCAAAUCAUAAUUACUUCCUGUGAAAGCCAAGUUAUCAAUAAGCAUGCAAGAACUCUUUAAAAUUGUAUAGAAUGAGAACAGUGUACUCAACCAUCAAACUGAUCACCUAUGCCUGUCCAUCUCAUAUACAUUGUGUACAAUUUGGCUGAUUCAACUCACUCGAUCUUCCAAGUGAAGUAGCCCAUCUUAGGGAAAAUUUUGAAGAAGUUAGAGCCCUGUGACAUUUAUUUCCAACUAAAAGGUGAUUGUAAGGAUGUCAAUCCAACAUUAUAUCCCCUAUUCUUUAAAUUUGAUUAGUUCCAGGGCAAUGCAUCCACAGUCCUAAGGUAUACAAAAGGCUUUUCAGAAGUAUUGGAUCUUUGUCGACAGCUAUACUAAUUCUUCAUAACUUACAUUCUAUUCAUUUGCUUAUAUAGCAUUGAAGGAGACCAUUCAGCCUGUCAUACCAUUACUGCUUCAUUAAAUGAGAUGUUUAAUUAUUUUUACCCCAGUAGUAGGAUCCCCCAUAGACACAAUGUUCUUUUUUAAUUUUUCAAGAGUUUAUCCAAUUCCAAAUUGAAGGUGACUUUUGAAUCAAUUUCCACUAAUUAUUCAGGCUGUACAUUCUAGAUCACAGCAACUCAACUUUCAACUAAAAUGUAUCUCCAUUUUCUCCAUGAAUUAAUUUUCCAAUAACCUUCAAUCCGCACCCUCUGGUACUAACCUUCCUGCCAAAGCAAGCAAUUUUACUACAUUUAUUAUAUCAGAAACUGGUAUCAAUCUUCAGUAAAUGUGUAUCAAUCCCAUUUGAUUUAGUUUUGGUGUGGAAAUAGUUGGAUUUUCAGUGCUUAUGCAGAUCUUGAACAAACAGUAGUAAUUCUAAUGUAAUUGUGCCAAAUUCACUGCUUCUAGUCAUCAGGAAGAUGCAGUAAAAACUGGACAGUGCAUGAAUCCAACCAAUUUAGUUGAGCUCAUCAUUGACUGCAUAUAAUAACAUUGUGGUAUUGAAGGCCCCUUAGGACAGAGCAGAGCAGAAUUCAAGGUGUUAAUCAAAUCUGGAUCAGAGGAUUUUGCUGGGUGGGGGAACAUACUACUCUCUGACCUAGCUUUCAGCUUGUUCACUUUGAAAUUGGUGAUGGGAGGUGGGUGGAGAAUUUUCCAUGUUGAACCAAGCAAAUUGAAACACUCAAAACCCUUGGUCAAAUGAUGUCUGACAACCAUUUGAUUGUGUCUGUAUCUCUGACAAUGCCAAUAUCCCUCUGUACACUUGUCAACAGCCAUCGCAUUUGUCAACAUUAGUAAAUGCUAGUGUUCAUUCUGCCACAUGAUUUACAUAAACAGCAUAUGCCCCAGGACGGACCCCUGCAAAUGAACACUGCUGUACUUACAUUCUGUACAGUACACCACAGGUUCAUUUUGCAAAUCUGGAAGAUACUAAUAAAUGAAUUGUUUUGCUGGGGUUGCUUUCUUCUUCGUCAGCCCAAAUGUGAUUCUGAAUCUCUUAGAAGAGCUGUCGAGACCAUACAACAUUUCUGGCUCUUUAUGUUGCCCAGUAUCUGGGGUUACAGCUGGUUGAGCUGCUGUUAGUUAUAAUACAGGUAAUGUUACUAAUCUGAAGGCAACACCUGAGACCCUUCUGAGUAGAAGCGUAUUUAUGCAAAAUGGUUACAUUUGACUGCUUUGAAUGAAUUGGUUUUGCUCUUUAUUUUUCCCGUUUUGUUUUGUUCAUCUAUCAGUCCUCUUGUUAAACAGGCAUUUUUUUUUGUA